AUGAGUGUUACACUACAUUUAAGAGCAGAAACUAAGCCCUUAGAGGCUCGUACAGCCUUGACACCAACUACUACCAAGAAGUUGUUGGAUAAAGGGUUCAAGAUUUUCGUUGAAGAGAGUUCCCAAUCUGCCUUUGAUAUCGAAGAAUAUAAGAAGGUCGGUGCCACUAUUGUUCCAGAAGGAUCUUGGAAGACCGCUCCACGCGAUCGUAUUAUCAUUGGCUUGAAAGAAAUGCCAGAGACUGAUACUUUCCCGUUAGUUCACGAACACAUCCAGUUUGCUCAUUGUUACAAGAACCAAGCUGGUUGGGAAGAUGUUUUGAGCCGUUUCAAGAGAGGUAAUGGUGUUUUGUACGACCUUGAAUUCUUGGAAAAUGACCAAGGUAGAAGAGUAGCUGCAUUUGGGUUCUAUGCUGGUUUUGCCGGCGCAGCAGUCGGUAUCAGAGACUGGGCUUUCAAGCAAACCCACUCAGAUUCUGAGAAUUUGGGAGCUAUUGAACCAUACGAAAACGAAGAAGCUAUGAUCAAGGAUGUUCGCAGAGACUACCAAUUAGCUUUGAAGAGAGGUGCCAGAAAGCCUAAGGUUUUGAUUAUUGGUGCCUUGGGUAGAUGUGGUUCUGGUGCUGCUGAUUUACUACGUAAGUGUGGAUUGCCAGAAGAAAAUAUCAUCAAAUGGGAUAUGAAGGAGACUGCUCGUGGUGGUCCCUUCCAAGAAAUCGCCGAUGCCGAUGUUUUCAUCAACUGUAUAUACUUAUCAAAGCCUAUUCCUCCUUUCAUCAACAAUGAACUAUUGAAUAAGCCAACCAGAAGAUUGAGAACUGUUGUUGACGUUUCUGCUGAUACCACUAAUCCUCAUAACCCUGUUCCAAUUUACACCAUCAACACUACGUUUGAUGCACCAACAGUACAAGUUCCAACCACUGUUGGUCCAAAAUUGUCCGUGUGUUCUAUUGAUCAUUUGCCUUCAUUGUUACCAAAGGAAGCCUCAGAAUCUUUCUCUCGUGAUCUAUUACCAUCCUUGGAGCAGUUACCUCAAAGAGCUACUGCUUCUGUGUGGGUCAAGGCUAGAAACCUAUAUGAAAAGUUCGCUGCUAAGGUUGGUAGAACAUCUAAGCUAUAG